AUGACAAUGAUUUUCAAAUCGUUAAACAUUCCCUUGGCAAUGCACAAGACUCUCGGGCCAGUACAAGAAAUUGAGUAUUUAGGACUCAUGAUUAAUUCUAAGGACAUGCUUGCCUACCUACCUGAUAACAAGAAAAUCAGAACUAUUGCUAAGAUUUCUGAAUUUUCUUCACAGAAAACAAUCACCAAACGACAAUUACUUUCUUUGCUGGGUCAUCUUAACUUCGCGGCUAGGGUGAUCCUGCCAGGAAGAUCAUUCAUCACUUAUAUGCUGAGACUAGCUUCCUCUGUAUCUAAGUUGCAUCACCACGUCACAUUGAAUAAAGCUUGCCGUUUAGAGUUGCAUAUGUGGGGGCUAUUUUUGGAAUCUUGGAAUGGUAUCCACUUAUUUCUGAACAGUGACAUAAUUAGUGCUUCUGACCUCCACAUUUUCACAGAUGCCUCAUCAACUAAAGGGUUUGGAGGUUAUUUCCAGGGACACUGGUUCUGUGAGGUUUGGCCUUCACAGUUGAUGAUAGAGCAACGAGAUGAUUGGUCAAUGGCAUUCCUCGAGUUGUAUCCCAUUGUUGUGGCUUCAAUGUUAUGGGGAAAGUUCUGGUCUCAGCAACGUAUUCGUUUUAACUGUGACAAUCAAGCCACAGUUCAAGUCAUCAAAAAGGGAAGGGCAUCAUCUCACUGUCAUGCUAUAAAUACUCUACUACGUCGACUGACACUGACCGCCAUGCAGCACAAUUUUAUUGUUCUUGCACAAUUCAUUCCGGGAAGACAGAACACUGUAGCUGAUGCAUUAUCUCGUUUCCAGUUUCAGGAAUUCAGGCACCUUGCACCAGAAGCACACAAGCACAAGACACCGUGUCCACCAUAUUACAAAGUAAUGCAGAUUUAG